AUGAUUUUUACCGACGAGUCGUUUUCCGAAUUCAGACGAUCUAAAUCCCUAGGCCUGAACACCUCUCCAGAGGAGGUGGAGUACUCAACAGAUGGGCUUGUGUUGAGCGCUACGCAGAGCAAUGUACUCCGAUUGUACUCUUCACUAUCAGGGGAUGUUCAGAACAUCAUUCAUACCCCAGGCAUACAGAAGUACAAGUUCAUAUAUCCCAGUGCAAUCGUCCAUGCGGCGUCCAAUGCACUGCAUCUCCUGUCUGUGUUUGACAACAAGUACGUCCGUACUUUCGUCGGGCAUAAGAACCAAAUAAACACACUCUCUGCAUGUCCAAAAGAAGAUGCUGUCCUGUCCUCAUCAUGCGACUGCACCAACUAUUGGGAUAUAAGAAAGAAAAACCCUGUGUACAAGAUCAGCACACCCAAUUCCAUAAGCGCCCUAUCGCCCUCCAACGACUAUGCAGUGCUAAUCAAUGGAACCCUACUUAAGAUCUACGACAGGAGAAGCACAAAGGGGCCAAAAACCACUUCAUCACUUCCGGAGAAAAGAUACGAAGAGAUAUCUUACUCCCCAGAUGGAAGCUCUAUGGUAGUGUCCGACGAAAAAAGCCAUCUUCUUCUUGGUCCAGACGGUGCGGUAAAAAGCUCAGUAAAUCUAGAAAGAGGAGGAAGCGGAUGCAUCACGCCAGACUCAAAAUUUUUUCUUUGCUGUGAAAAUAGCACCGUACUUGUGUACCACCUCAAAACCGGGAAGAAGUUCCAUGCGUUCAGGACACCAGGUUUUGAUAAUCUAAAAGUCCGCUUCAAUCCAUGCUAUGCACAGUUUGCCUCUUCAUCCAGUCUUUUGAACAUCUGGGCCAUCAAGGAACAUGCGGAACAACCUCAUGCGUAG